UCUCCAGGCUGAUCUCAGAUCAGUCCACCUCGUGCGCUAUAGAGAGGAGCAUGCGCUCAUGAGGCGCGCACGUUUUCUCUCCACUCAGAGCAGCGAUUUCUCCCCAAAAUGCCGCUGAUAAUAAUGUGCGGUCACCCGUGCAGCGGUAAAACCCGGCGCGCGCAGGAGUUAAAGGACUAUUUUACUGAGAAAACCGGGAGAAAAGUUUACACUGUGGGAGAUGAAGGCCUGGGAGUGGACCGGAACUCCGUGUACGCCGACUCCCAGAGCGAGAAGAAUUUAAGAGGUGCUUUGCGAUCUGAGGUGGAGAGGAAACUCAACAAAGAUGAUAUUGUUAUUCUGGAUUCCUUGAAUUAUAUUAAAGGUUACAGAUAUGAACUGUUCUGUCUGGUUAAGCAUGCACAGACACCACACUGUUUGGUCUUCUGUCUGACAUCAGCUGAUUUGAGCUCAGAGUGGAAUAAGGAAAGAGAAGUAGAUUGUCAAUACACCCAGGAAAUUCUGGAUGCUCUCAUUUUGAGAUUUGAAGCCCCUGAUUCAAGAAACAGAUGGGACAGUCCGCUCUUUACAAUUCAGAAAGAAGACACACUUCCAUUUGAAGCCAUUUCUGAUGCCAUUUUCAAACGGAAAGCACCACCACCUAAUCAGUCCACUCAGAGUCAACCACUGUCAUCUACCAACUUUUUAUAUGAGUUGGACAAAGUCACUCAGGAUAUCUUAAUGGCUGUUCUUGAUUCUCAGAAGACCAGUGUACCAGGGGAUCUCGUUGUGAUUCCAGGAGCUACAGAAAAGAUAGAACUCACAAGAAGUCUUAACAUGGCUGAAUUGAGGAAGCUUCGACGACAGUUCAUCAGUUACACUAAGAUGCAUCCAACCGAAAACAUCGGGCAGAUAGCCAACAUGUUUGUUCAGUAUCUCAACAAGAGUAUGCACUGACAGCUGCUGUUAGUUUGAUCAGCUCCUAUGGGGCUUCUUUCUGCUAUCUUUAUUUUCUCCCAUGUUAAGUUAAAGAGAUUUCUUUAGUUUUAAAUAUUUUAUUGUUUUUUAAAAAGAGUUGUGUUGAAUUGGAGACAUAUCAUCAUGAGUGUAUCAUGUUUGAGUAUUUUAAAAUUGUUUCUCUGCUGGCCUUAUUGAAUUGAAUCUUAUUAAAGCUUUUUUAAAGAAA